AAUGCUGCCAACAUACGCGUUUAAAACAGCUGUUGACUUUUGGAAUGGCAACAAAUAUAAAAUAGGUAUGUCUGAAAGAUUUCCGAAAUUACACAAAAAAAUGUUAGUAAUUUAAAGCGAAUAAUGAGUAGAGAUAUGUGUAAUACUAGUAAAAGUUUAGAUAGUGAGAGUGCCGACAUUUCCGAUCAAGAAAGAGAAGUAACAAAUGUGAUAUUUAAUAGCAAAGAUGAGGUGAAUUCGAUUGAAGAUGAGGAAAAUCUUUUCAUCAACGAUCCAAAUAACGCCGAUUUCGACGAUGAUCUCGAGAACCUUAACAUAGCGAAUUUUUUUCAUAAAGUCGAUAGCGAUCAAAUCAUAUAUCAAAAGAAAAAACGGAGAUUAAAGCUAAUAGGAAAGUACGUGAUGGGCGAUUUGCUGGGAGAAGGGGCCUACGGCAAGGUAAAAGACAUGCUGGAUUCCGAAACGCUAUGCCGGAGGGCCGUUAAAAUACUAAAGCAAAGGAAAUUACGAAGGAUACCAAAUGGGGAGCUGAACGUUCAAAGAGAGAUAAAAUUACUGAAGAAAUUGAAGCACAAAAACCUAAUCAAUCUGGUCGACUUGCUGUACAAUCACGAAAAAGAGAAAAUGUAUUUGAUAAUGGAGUACUGCGUGGGAUCGUUGCAAGGGAUGCUGGACGCCUCUCCCGACAAGAAAUUCCCCCAGUACCAGGCCCACGACUACUUCCUCCAGCUCAUCGAUGGGCUGGAGUACCUGCACAGUAUGAGGGUCGUGCACAAAGACAUCAAACCCGGAAAUCUCCUGCUCACGUUAGAAGGGGAUUUGAAGAUUACCGAUUUGGGAGUGGCGGAGACAAUAGACCUUUUCGCUAAAGAUGAUAUUUGCUACAUCGGGCAGGGAUCGCCGGCGUUCCAACCGCCCGAAAUCGCCAACGGGCUGGAUUGCUUUAGCGGAUUUAAAGUAGAUAUAUGGAGCAGCGGUGUUACAUUGUAUAAUAUUACGACGGGUCUGUACCCUUUCGAGGGCGGCACCAUUUUCAGGCUGUUCGAAACCAUCGGCAAAGGAGACUUCGAUAUUCCCAAUGACAUCGCCGAGCCGUUGAGAAGUUUGCUCGUGGGGAUGUUGAGGAAGGACCCGGAGAUGCGGUUUAGUCUCCGGCAGAUAAGACAGCACGCGUGGUUUAUAUCGAGACCGCCCUGUUCUAGUCCACCUGUUCCGAUACCCCCGUUGAGGGACGACGCCCUGCAUAAAAUGACCGUGUUCCCCUAUUUGGUCGAGCACUAUUAUCACGAUCCGAACGAGAAUUCCAGUGAUGUACAGUAUUUUACCGAACACGAAUUAAACGGUAAUAAACGAUUUUUUCAAUAAUUUAUUGCCAGUUCUAUCGCAAUGUAAGUGUUGACAUGUGCGUGUUGAUUAAUUGCGCUAAUAUCACGCUUCUGCUGGAGCAAGUUUGAUGAGAUUAUGCAGUUGUGCAAAGUUGUAUGCAAUACAACAAAGACAACUUCCAUUAGCCUCAUAUAAAGGAAGAAGAGACAGUGAUAUUGUGUAAAUUGCAACUUUUUCGCUCUAACUACUAAAUGGAGAAAUCAAGAGUGGACUCUGAAUACUCAAAUGGCAACGCCAAUCAAAGUUCGAGCAAGCACAAUCGACGGAGGAGCAAGAAGCCGGUGUCUUGUAUAUCUGUGAAAAAUUUCCCCGGGUGUAAUCAAUCGUGACAAAUGUUUUAUACUUUUCUUAGUAAUUUUGUUAACGUAUUUUUGAUAAAAAAAUCGAAAUCACAACACUUAUAUUAAAUACUUUGUUUAUAUUUGUAAUUUUAUAUUGUUGUAUCGUCAGAUGUGUUUAAUUGUUUCUGUUGUGUUUGAAAUUUCAUGAAAUUCUAACCAACGUAUUUAAUAUGAGGAUGCGUACAGAGAGUGCCAUAUUGAAAUUGAGGGGUACAAUUAAAGCGAUUCAG